AUGGAUGGCUUGGUUGAGCAGAACACUGUGCUAAUGCACAACAAGAUUGCUGAAGCUGGGAAAAGGAAUGGUUUGAUUAACACAAGGAACUUAGUGGCAGAGGGCCGAGAUGGUCUGGUCUCUGUCUACCCCACCCCCCAGUACCAGAGCCACAGAGCAGGAAGCCUUUCCUCCCCAAGCUGCUUGGAGAACAGCAGGAAUGACCCUGUGCAGCAGCUCCUGGACCCCAACAUGUUGCAGCAGACAGUGGAGUCUCACUACCGGCCCAACAUCAUCCUCUACUCGGAGAAUGUGCUGCGCUCGUGGGGAGAGAGCCUCAGCUCAGAGUGCUGUGAAACCACCUUCAUCGAGGACCGUUCCCCCACCAAAGACAGCUUGGAAUACCCAGACAGCAAGUUCAUCGACCUCUCAGCAGAUGACAUCAAGAUUCACACCCUCUCCUAUGAUGUGGAGGAAGAGGAGGAUUUCCAGGAGCUAGAGAGUGAUUACUCCAGUGACACCGAAAGCGAAGACAACUUCCUGAUGAUGCCACCACGAGAUCACCUCGGCCUCACUGUGUUCUCCAUGCUCUGCUGCUUCUGGCCAUUGGGAAUCGCUGCCUUUUACCUGUCUCAUGAGACAAACAAAGCAGUGGCCAAGGGGGACUUCCACCACGCAAGCUCCAGCUCCCGGCGAGCACUUUUCCUGGCUGUCCUGUCCAUCACAAUUGGAACUGGCAUCUAUGUUGGAGUGGCUGUGGCCCUUAUUGCCUACCUGUCAAAAACCAACCACUUAUGA